UUUUCCUGCAGGCAUACCAAGCACACACACAUACAUACUUACCUACAUUUGAUAACAUAUACACACAUAUAAAUGCAGGGCUAUCGAUAUUCCCACCCCCAAUGUGGCAACUAUACUCGCCAGUUUUUAUUGCCUUUGCACAUAUUGUUUUUGUUGACUUCACGGUGCGUGCUAUUGUAUACCGACAGCAGUUUACUGCUGACGAUAGCUUUUACUUAGUUUCCUCGAGUCGUGCUACAUCUAUGUUUGGUCUAUAGUCUCCGUUAGUUCUUCAGCUUUUACUUCUUUUGCGUCGUGUAGUAAAGCAAUAAAUGGCGCUAAAUGUAUUAGUUUACAGCCGUAGUAGUUAGUACAUACAUUUUGAAUAGAGAGAAAGAAUCUCAUAGUCAAACCCAGAGGCACUGGCAAUUUAGUGUCAACUUCUCAGUUGCCAAUUUCACAACUGCACCGCUCGUCGUUCACAGAAAUUGAAAGUUAAAAAUAUAAUUUCUUUCCGCACAACCUUAUCUGCAGUGGCACACAAUAUUUUGUUGCUGUUAUUGUUGUUCUGUUUCUUUUUAUUUUCUUCACGACUACAAGAACAGCGCCACCCAGCAACCCCCAGGUUCACAAAAGAUUGUAUAAGCAAGUGUAUGUACUUGCAUAAUUGCAUAGAGAGGAGAUGGAGUAUAGAUAUGAUGCGACAGUACACCAAACAACUCACCCUUAAACGGCAGCGGAGACACCUCAGCAGGUUUACUAACUCACACUGUACUCUUAGUAGACGGGUGUGCGUUGCGGUCACAGACGGACGCACAGUGGACGCGCAUUAACUAUUCUUAGUUGUCGGCAGGAUACACACACACAAUCAUAAGUUUACAAAAUAUAUACACAUAUUAUAUUGUGUUUGUUUGUGCACACAUACACAUACAUAAAAGUGUCUUUCGUUACAUAUGGGUGUAUAUAUGACAGAGUUACAUACGUACAUACUAGAGAUGUGCAUGUGAGUUUAAGACUGUAUGGUGUCUUCAGUCACGGCCCAUUUUAGUCGCUUAAACAGUAGUGUUAGUGUUGCCGUGAUUAAAUCAUCGCCGCCAAACUGUGCGCUCGCGAAAAACGAAAGUUAAGAAACACUUCAAUAUUCCAACAGCAGCGGUAGGAACAGUAGAGGUGCGACAGCAAUAGCAAAAAAUAACCAAAUUGCCACCUAGUCGCUGUCAUCCGCAACGCUGUCAGGCAGACAUUCUUGGUUUAGUGUGUGAUUUGGUUGCAGAAUGUUGACGUGUAGUAAUAGAGAUUUGUAAUUUUUCCUGCUAUUUUCUUUAUUUUCGAAUGCAGUGAGAAGUGAGCAAUAAAAGAACAUUUUCUAAGCUAUAAAACGAGUUUUUCUAAUUGAUAAUAAAAGCAAAAGUUUAAAUUUGCUUCAUAAAAAUAAAAGGAAUAUAUAUUUUAUUAAACUCAAAUUUAACAAAAUGUGCAAAGUUGUGUAAUUAAAGUACAGAAGAAAUGAAAAAAAGUGAAAAGUGAAAGCCAAAACGGAUAAGCAAUAUUUAACGCAACCCACCCAAACAAGCUUGGCAGCGCAAACCUUUUCCAUUUAUUUAAAAUAAUUUUUAAGUAGUUAUAGCUCUAUAUAAAUAAAAUAGUGCCCGUUAUUAACAUUUUCCGUCGUUGACACAAAUUCGCCGUUAACGUGUCAUGAUGAAUUUCUCCGCGUUCGGUGGUCCCUUUUCCGGCAUACAUCAGUUUGCGGCCAAAUUCGGCCACGACACACAAGGUCCACCCGGCGCCUUUGCCACGCCCACCGGCAUCAAUGGCAAUACAACGGCGGGAGUCGCCGAUAAUCAUGUGCAACGCUAUCAGACGAACGGCAAUCAUUUCAAUCAAAAUAUACCAAAUGUCUCGGCCGCCAAUAACACAAUGCAAUACGGACAAAAUAUAUCCAUACCAUAUUCACAGCCGCAAACUGAUUUGAAUUUUCUCAACUCCACAGACCAUAAAGGGAAGAUACAUCCGAAGAUCGAACGCGACCGCGAAGAAGUUUUGAAUCAACAAAUUUUGCAAAAUGUCAAUCAGUCGUGGCAAACAUUGGCCAAUACUGCCAACACCGUUGAUUACUCGUCUCAUUUGCUAUCUGCAACACUGCCAAUCUCAAUACAACACUUCCUCAAAUAUUCCGAAACAAUAAAGAAGGAAUCCUCAGGUAUUGUCGGCUCUCAAAUCAACUCAGGGAAUUUAAAUUUGAGCAAUUUGGAUACAUCACCAUCGGGUUUUAAGGGUGAUGUUCUCAAGAAUGGCACGAAUUUGAGUCUGGCACUCGGCGGUGUCGCACUCGCUCCACCGUCCAAUCAGCAAGCAAAUGGUGCUACACAUCACAAUGGUGGCAUUGUUGGCAUGGAUCAUACUGGCCAUAUGACCAAUAUGACAGAUAACACAAAUAAUGGUGCAUCUCUACAUCAGGGUGUUAACGGCAAUGUACCAAAUCCAAUUGUCAAUGGGCAGGCAAAUAAUGGUCAACCCACCACAAAUGGUACGGUAACGAAUGGUAACACAGUUACGAGCACUGCACCGGCUGGCACCACGACUACCUCAACCGGUGGUACUACAACGACCACUGGCAAGAAGACCAGAAAGAAGAAACCACCAAAGGAGAAGAAGCCGCGCCCGAAACCGGGUGAGAUUCGUGAGAUUAAAGCUUUGGAUGGUUCCACACUCUAUUGCUGUCCUGAAUGUCAGAUGGCUUAUCCAGAUCGUAGUUUAAUCGAACAGCAUGUUAUCUCACAUGCCGUAGAGCGGCGGUUCGUUUGCGACAUCUGCAAUGCAGCAUUGAAGCGUAAAGAUCAUUUGACCCGUCACAAGCUGUCGCACAUACCAGAUAGACCACAUGUUUGUAAUAUUUGCAUGAAGUCAUUCAAGCGAAAGGAGCAAUUAACACUACACAUUGUCAUACAUUCCGGAGAAAAGAAACAUGUUUGCGUUGAGUGUGGCAAAGGCUUCUACCGUAAAGAUCAUCUGCGCAAGCACACACGAUCGCACAUUGCACGUCGCGUUAAGUCGGAAGUAUCGGCGCAGAAUGUAAAUGGCGGCAGUGGCACCGGAAACACUGCUCAGAACAACACGAUACAAGGCUCCUGAGGUUCGUACAAGGACUUUUGGUAAAUCUUCAAAAAAACUUCACUCGUGCUACAGCAUGUUGAAGGCAUCAACUGCCAUGGCCGCGCUUAUCCAAAAACGCGUCGUUGUUAGUGGGUGCAGUCAAUGUGUGUGUAGUGUGAAGUUUCUCUGAAUGUUUAUCAAUUGUCCUGCUGAGCCUUAAUCGAUGUUAAAUGGAGCUGAAAUACAAGAAAAAGUUGAAAGAAUGUGAAAGAAAGUGAAUUUUUUCUAAUUAAUCAUGAGAAAAUAGUAAUUUUUGAUUUUAUUUUACAAUUAUUUUGGUAAAAAAAUUUAACGUGAGAAAAAGAGUUCGUGCAAAAGAAUGAUAAUAUUCACAAUCGCACAAAGCUACAUACAUAUAUGUAUAAAGUAGAGCACGGCGUCACAUUUGCAAUUGAGCGCCAAUAAUAACAACAAUUAGUAAUAACUGAAACCGUUAAAUAGCAAUUUCGAUGUACAAAAUAUUUAUUUAAAAAAUAUUAUAUAAUAUAAUAUUAUUUAAAAAUAUGUUUGAUGUUAGGAAGAUAAAAAAAAAACUAAAAACAAAAACUAAAAUAUUAUUUAUGCUGAAGAAAAAGUAGAAAAUACUAAACAAUAUUUUAACGACACGAAUAGCUCAUGGUGAAGAACGCGCAAAUAAUUACAGGCAUACAUACGAGUAUGUAUAGGUAUAUCUAUGCUUAAUUGUACGCGCCUUUACAUAUGUAUACAUACAUGCAUAAGAAAGCAUCAAAGAAAAAAACAAUUAAAUUAAUUUUAUGAUAGUGAAUAAUUUUGUUUGUUUUAUUUUUGAGGAUCUGUGAUCUUUUUUGGCUAUCAAAAAUGCAUAAAACAAGACAACAAACGAUCGCUAAUAAUAAAUACAUAAAUAAGUGCGAGUGAAUAUACGAUUGUAAUAAUAUUAAUAGAUAGCAGACACACAUGUAUCUGCUGUAUUGGUGUGCAUAAGUAAAAACAAUAUAAAAACUGAAGCAAAACAUUAUACGUUUUUAUAUGUUGCAAAUAAAAAUAAAAAAAACAAUCACGUGCAAUUUAAUUUAUUGUAUAUUUUUUGUGUUUUUUUCAAUUCUGUUAUACCUAAUUUUUGUUCUGUUCAAGUUUUCCCAUAUUUAAUCAAAUAUUAAUUAAGUAUUAAGUAAAAAAUAAACAACGCAAAGUUAAUACUUUGAGUUAAAUAUAAGUAUACAUACGUACAUAUUAAGAAUACGCAAUUACAUACAAACAUACAUGCAAACAAUUUAUAAUUGAGUUAAAAAUUGUAUCAGUAUUGCUACGACUUACACCGUACUGCACAACAAUUAUUUUUAUCAAUUUACGUAUGUAUAGUACAUAUGUAUGUAUAAGGAUGUACAUACUAUACAUAAGUUUAAUGUAAAUAAGCAUUAAAAUAUGUAGUAAAGUCAAGUAGUUACGGCAUUUAUUAUGUAUAUACAUAAGCGCAUACAAUUGAAACAGACAAAAAUAUUUCUUUCUAGUUAAGGAUUUUUAUGUUCAGCUUAAUUGAAGAAUUUAAAAAUUUAAUAUAUUAUUUUUUGAGCCACGCAAUUACACUUUAACCGACUGACUACUGGAAUCCUAUACACCAAACCAUAUAUCGAAACAUACAUGCAUACAUAACUACAGAUAGGCCAGUAAACAUUCUAAGUUUAAUUUAAGCGUGACUCAUAUUAGAUUCAACAUAAAUAUAUACUAGCCUACUCCGAUUUACAUACUUUAUAUUUAUACUUUGAACAGAGUAUAUUACAUUGUCGGAACUGUCGAUAUCGAGCCGCUGUAGGAUAUAGCUGCCACACAAAUUGAUCGUUCAAAAUCAAGUCUUUGUAUGAAUAACUAUUUUAUUUCACAAGAUAUCUUCGCAAAAUUUGAAACAGAUUAUUGCUCAAGGCAACUCUACAACUUCCGAAAAAAUUGUUCAGAUCGAACAACUACCGCAUAUACAUGGCUGACAUACAAACUAACCAAUCAAAAUCAAGUUCGUGUAGAAAAAACCUUUUUUUUUUUGGCAAGAUAUCUUUCAGAAAUUUGGCAUAGUUUAUUACCCAAGGCAGAAGUCUCCAAAAAAAAUGGUUAAAAUCGGAACUGACAUACAAACUGACAAAAUUAAGCUAAAGAUUAUUUAAUAACCUUUUAUCCUCUAAAAAAAUGUACCAGUGAAUGGUAUUAUAUGUCCGGCGCUGGCAUUUUUUCUUCAUUCAUAAUGUCAUUACAUUUAAUGAACAUCAUUAACCCUACGACAUUAGCAUGCCCUAAAUCAGAACAUUUACAGUGAUUUCGACAAAUUAAGAUUUUCUUCAACGACGAUUACAGAAACUUUGUACGCAAAGUAGUCAUACUGAGCAAGCAUUGAGUCAGCACCUGCAAUAUUUUUUGCAGUAAAAACACCUCUCACUUGCACACAUCGUUUUUAACUUGCCGAGUCACAUAAAAACUUAAUUUUAUUAAAACAACUUAGUUUAUGUUCAUCGCCAUUAAUCUGACUGAUCCAACGCGAUUAAAUUUGACAAGACAACUGACAACUCAGAUACAAGUAGCAUUUAUUGGCUAGAUUCAAUUUGCCAUUCAAAUUAAAUUACAUUUCGACUUGCCAACCACGGCUAUCAUUUCACUAUAGUGAUAACCAAAACAUAAUGGCGACAAGACAAGAAUUAACAAAUUUUCAAGUUCAACUAAAUCCAUGCAUACAUAUACAAUAAAUAAGAUACAAAUUUAUAUACAUAUAUAGAUUUAAAUAAAUAAGCUAUACAAACAUUGCCAUUAAUACAGUUAAGCACAGCAUAAAUAAAUAUAAAUAAAUAACCACUGAACAACAAACAAUAAGAAGCAAAUACAACAAACAAUACUUGAAAUACAAAUUUUGCAGUAAACUUAUAGUUCAAUUCAAGUUCAUACAAAGUAUAGAAAUUUAAGAUCAACUACAUAUUUAUAACUUAAUCAAAUGAGCAUAUAAAAAUCUAUUUUUUGUAAGUUAGCCAACUAAGCCGUAUUUAUACAUAAACUAAACUAAACAAAUUCCCAAAUAAAAACAAAUAAAUUUAAUAAAAAAUAUAAACACAAAUGAAAUCUGUAAAACAUCACCAAAUUUACGGCGAUUAUUUUUCUACUAACAACUACAUACAUGCGCAUGGUUGCAUGCAAAGCAUGAAUAAACAAAAUAGUCUAUAAUGUCAAAUUUUGACAAGAGUGUACUGAGCACAUACGACUAAGUAUAUACAGUACAGUAUAACGGUUUGUAUGUUUGUACUGUGUUAUUUUCAUGAAAUACUACAACAUACGGUCAUGAAUAAAUGUGCUUCAAAAUGCCGAAGGUGUUGAUGUUUUCAUGCAUCACAAUCAUCAAACUAUAUAAUUAGUAAUACAUAAGAAACAUGCAUACAUACAUACAUAUAUACAACAAAAAGCGAAUUAAAGUUCAAACACUUAUUUUAAGUGACAGCAAAGAUUUGUUCAAAUUAAUUGCAUUUGACUCAGCACUCAUAAUUAACUUGUAUUACAAUAAAAUAAAACACUAGCACUAAGAAGAAACAAAUGCUGCAAAUAAAUACAUUUAUAGAUUUCGUAAUAGCCUACUCCUUGCAAAGCGAUACCAAAAUCAUAAUCGUGGUCAACAAAUAAUCAAGUUUCAGUAUAGGUAUACCUACAAUAAAUACAAUUAACUGAUAGAUCGCAGAAUAAUAACCAAUAUAACCGACAAUUUGUAUAUAAAGUGUAUCUUAUAGAACGAAUCAUAAAAAUGCAACGGCAUAAAUAUUUAUAAGGAGAUUUUUUGAAUAAUAGUACUUUUUCAGUAUUAUAAAUAAUAAUUUUUUAAGAGAGAACUUUCAAACACUUUUGGACUCGAAUCAUCUAUUAACAGAGCUGCUUAUAAAACUGGGAAAAAAUCAAAGAAAAAAAGAUAUCAAAGUGUCAUGAAAUAAAAAUGAAUCAGUUCAACGCUGAUUCAAUUAUAGUUGUAGCGGUAGCCCUAAAAAACAAGUACAAGAGGGUUUUAGCUCAUAAUGACAAAAACAAUUUUAGCUUUGAUUUUAUGAUUCUAAAAUAAGUUUUUUAAACAUUGCAACCAAUGCAAAUGCGUUUUUUUUUUUGGUAUGGUAACUGAAUAAAUCACACAAAAUCUAAAAAUUCAUAAGAAAAACCAAAAAAAAAGUUUUUUUGACAUUAUGAAUUAAAAAAUAUUUUUGUAUGAAAGAUCACGCUCUCAAGUUAUACAACCUUAUAUAAUUUAACCAUGCGUUAAACAAGUUCUGUAACUUUAAAAAAUCAACGAAAACUUUGUCUCCAUUACUUGCUUUUCAACCAUUCUAAUCUUGGUGUGCGUAUCAUUCAAUUAUACACAAAAUUAAAAAAUUAAAAUCAGCAAACGAGCAUAUAUGUUGAAUAUCAUUAAACAAUACAGUGUGAACCUUCCUUCAAUUGCAGAUAAAAACAAAUAGACAUUAGAAAAAUAAAAAGCCAUGAAAUUCGAAAAGGAUUAAAUGUACGAAGGCGGAUAUGUAUGUAUGUACAUGCGAAAAUUGCAAAUUGUGCGUUAAACUAAUGUAAUCACUUGAUUUGAUAUAUGAAAUAAUAGAAGUUGGUUUCUUGAAAAUAGUUAAAGUUUACCACAAACUGAUUUAUUGUUGGAACAUGGACUUACAUAUAUUACAUACGCUCAAAUCAUGCUCACACACGCUCUAUUUUGCCUUAAAUCAGCUAGAGACUGGAAAUGAAAUGGAAGAUGAAAGUUUAUAGGCGCUUCCAUUCAAACUUUCGUGAAAUAAAAUUAUAAAACUUUCUUUCUUUCAUACCAACUCGCCAUAUACAUGCGAUGGUUCUUUACAACAACUUUUUUAAAUAAAAUUCUUUUAUUUUCAGUCUUUUUUCGACAAUUUCAUUUUCUGCAUUUUGCUUGAAACUGAUCCUUAAAACUUCUAAUUGCCGUUUAUGCAUUGCUCUUAAAGUCAACAAUAAUUCACUCAAAUAUCACUAAAGCGUGACUCAUCUAAAUAUAAUAAACUAAUAUAAAAACUACUUUUUAUUUUUUCUCCGCUUUUUGAGCUAUCCAGCGAACUAAGUUGCACAGAGAUCAUUUGGAUUAUAUGCAACGAUUUAGGUUAAUUUUGCCACUUUCCGCUGUUGUAACAAAAGCACACAAAAACAUUUUUUAAUAUAUUCUCAAAUAAAUACGGUGAGUUGCCUAAAACCUGAGUUUCACACAAUAUCGAAUCAAGCUAUCACACUAGACCCUUUUUUCGUAAACACACUCAUCAAACGGAAUCAUUUUCAUCAAUAUGAUUUAUGUGUAAUUAAUAUAAAGUAAUUAAGCGAAAAUGUAAUCUAAAAUUAAAUAAAAUUAAAGUAAACAACAACAAAGAAAUUAAAUGAACUCAGGGAUAGAGCCUCCAAAAAUAUAUAAAUAAAAUACACGCAAUAUUUUAGCAAAAAAGAGAAAAAACAAAACCAAAAUAAAUAUAUAAUUACUUAUACGAAAUUUUAAAUUUAACAAAUUUUAACGAGAAUGAAAAUAUAUGUCUAAAAUACAUGAAAUAACACAGCGUAAAAAUUCAUAAUGAAAAACUCAAAGCACCAGAAGAAAAUCCAAAAUUAAUUGAUUGAUAUAAAAGUUAAAAUAUGUGGAAAGCAGAUAAAACUUAAAAGUAAAGAACAGCUUAAAGCAUAUUUGAAAGCGUCAAAUAAAAAGCGAACAAAGUUUUAAUAUGAAAUUAAAACACUUUAAACAAUUUCACACAAAAUUUUGCACAACACUUAUUAAAUAAUUUAUGUACUCUUGUAUGGCAAACAAAAAACUUAAAAGUCAAGGCAGAUUUAUUGUAAUUUAAACUCGAAAUGUUGUUUUGCUUUAAAAAAUAUUCAAUUUUUUGUGAUAAAAUACAUAUGUUUGAAUACAUUCUUAUAUAUACUACAUAUACAUAUGUAAGUUAACUCUUCUGGUAUGUAUUUUACUAAACACAAAAACAAGUUGUAGAAAUUUGGUAUUAGGGGCUUAGAAAUGAUUCGAUAGAGUUUUGAAAAGUGUUUAUGGGUUUUUUUCCUGUUGCCAAAUGGCAGUAGUAGUGCAGUUCACUUAAAUAAUGCAUAAAUAUGUACAACCUGCAGCUUAAAAGUAUAAGAAAUACUACAUAAUACAGUGGCAGCAUUACCGUUAGUAAGUCCAGUAGGUUUCAGUGAUGAGUAUAUUUAUUAAGGUGUCCGUUAUUUUCCAAGUUAAUUUUUUCAAACGCUCUCUGAAGCAUUUGCGCUAACAAAAACGGUUACAACGUAAACAAGCUCUUUAUUUACAAUAUAAACGGUGUCUAAGUUAUUUUAUUUUUCUCAUAUAUUUCAUUUUUUGACAAAGCAAAUAAACCUACAACUUUGAAAGAAUGAUGUUCUAAUAUAAAAUUUUCCAUUCUGCAAAAAAUUGUAUAAAAACAUUUGUUUAAAAGUUAUACGCAGUUAAAGUUAUGCAUCAAAUGUACUGUACUCAUACACUACACCACGUCGUAUGAGCAACACUGAAUGCAUAAAUCACUUGUAUGAAUGUUCUAGUCAUUUGCAAACCAAAUAUAUAUUUAUACUUAUUUUUAUACUUGUUACUUUUUACCUUCUUAUUUCAUGUUUAUAUUGUGAACUAUUAUUUGACAAAAAUAUGUCAAUAUGUUAAAUGUACAAUUUUAUGUUUGAAAAAGUUUGUACAAACUACUGCUAGACUAUUAGUUGCCUUUUAUAACUUUCAAUUUGGGUUUUUAUAUUAUAGUGGACUGAUUUCAGCGUUGAAUAAGAUAAUUAAGAUAAUGUCUAUACACAUUGUGUUAGGAACUUUUAGACUUUACAAAAUUCUUCAUUUUUUUAAUAAUUUUGCUCACUUACUUGCUAUUAUAUGAAGUAGUUUAAAUAAUUUUAAGUUUGAGCAAACAGAUGUAAGGUUAGAAAGUAAUUGAAUGGCAAAAUUGAUAACAAACGGUAUGAAAAAUAAUAUUUUUGUAAACGACCUGAAAUGAAUAGUUUAUUUUUAUAUGCAGAAAGAUAUUGGGUGUAGCGAGUCAUGACUUUGAUCAGGUUUUCAAAUAUAAAUAUAUACAUAUGUAGGUAUGUAAUAGUAAGCUGCGAACAAACGACGACUUGGUAGUACGUAGUAGGAUUAUAUAAACUAUUUUUAUGAAAAUAUGGACUGUAAAAUGAAACGAUACGGAAGAAUGAAAAAUUAAAAGCUCGCCACUAGAAAAGCAAGUGAGCAUAUGAAAUACUUAUAAUGUUGUGAAGAAAUGCAUGCAUACGAGUACAUACAUAUUGGUUAAAUGAAUAUUAAAGAAAAAUAUAAAAAUUAAAUUCACUUUA